UUCAUCAUGAACAUCCACCGCAGGUUGUUCUGCUGCUUCUUCCUCUCUCUGCAGGACAGAAUCAGCAGCUCUGCUAAUGCACCAAAUAAUAUAUAUGGAGCAGCUGGAGAAGAGGUCAGAGUUCAAUGUACUGCUUCUCUGGUUGACAACUGGAAGUUCUUCUGCAAGGAAAACUGUGAAGGAGAAAACAUCCUGAUUAAAACAAGACAGUCCACCGAUCAGAGAGGAAGAUACAGAACUGAAAAUGUUAAACAAACCAGCAUAAAUGCUUUUCUUCUCCAUGUGAGCAUCUCAGAGCUGACCCGGUCUGAUGAAGGAUGGUACCGAUGUGGUUCAGGCGACUCUUCAUCAUCAGGUUCAUACCAAGACUUCAGACUGGUUGUUGUAGACGAUCUGCUGGAUGGAAACAAAGUUCCUGACCUCCUUACAGAAGCCGGCAGCUCAGUGACAGUCGCCUGUUCCUUUAAACACUCUGGGGGAAAACGACUGUUCUGCAGAGGAGAAUGUGGAAACGAAGAAGUUCUGGUUCAGACUGAUGGAGUCAGAGCUGACAGAGGCAGAUACAGCAUUGAAUAUGAAGAACAAAAAUCAGGAGCAUUUCUGUUGGUGACCAUCACACAGCUGGUCCAAUCUGAUUCUGGACGGUACCGAUGUAAACUGGAUGGAACUGGUUCCAGUAGUUCAUACAGAGACUUUCAGGUCACUGUCAGAACUGCAGGCGACCCUUCAGCCUCCACAGCAUCUACUGGAACCAGUUUCAGCUCCAGUUCAGGAAGCUUCACACCUUCACUUCCCUCUGAAACCUCUGAUCUGAAUCAGGAGAACUCAACAUCUAAAGAUUCACCAAACCACAGGUCUGCAGAUGUUCUGCGGUUUGUGGCUCUGACUCUGGUUUUCAUCAUCAUCCUGUCAGCUGUGGUUCUGCUGGUUUGCUGCAGAGAAAGAUCUGAAAAACAUCACACAGAGAAUCCUCCUGCUGAUGAGAACUCCAAAAUGAAUGAAGACGUCACAGAGGAAGCUGAUGAGUGGAGAUCUGCUGAUGUGAAAAUCUACUCAUCUUACAAUGAAACCACAAACACCAAACCAACAGAAGCUGAAAUCAACCGAGGCUGCAGCUCUGGAACUGCAACCACAACUCAGCAACCGGCCGAAGACGCCUCAGAUCAGGUCGUCUAUGCAGAAGUAAAGUUCUCCAGCAGGAAGGCGGCGUCUCGUCCCAGAGCUUCCUGUGGAACCAUGACUGAUGUUCUCUACGCUGAUCCUCGAGUUGAUGGGAGCAGCCAAGAUGGGCGGCUUUACUCCACUAUAACUUAGCUUCAGCUCUGCGGCAGCCAUGUUUAUCCUCACAGAUCAACAGGAAGCUUGAAGCCGAGGCAACGAGUUGAAACCCUGAAACACAGAAACAGGAUCUGCAGCUCCUACAAGCAUCAGCACCAGCAUGAUUCAGAUGGAGCUGCUUCACCUGCGGUUGACCCUCCAGACUGCUUCACAUCAUGGAGGAUCUGAUGCUAAAUGCUAACAUGCUAAAAUGCUUUUUCUUCUAUAAAAGACUUCAGUGCUGGGAUAAUGAAAAACUAUGAAAAAUAUGAGCGAACGUGAAAAAAAAAGAUCAUUUAUAUAAAAACUUUCAUGGGUCAAAAACCACAAAUCGCUUUACAGAUCAAACAUUCAAAAAUAUAACAUCAUACAGUCUAAAACUAUCUAAAUGCCACUUUUAAUAAAGAAUUGACAGUUAGCAGGUAAGAUGUGUCGAGGAAGUUUAUCAGAUUUUUUGAAAAUGUAAGAUCAAAACUCCAACAUAUAGGUAGAAAUGAAACCCACCCCAGGAUAUGUCCCUGAGGAACUCCAAAACCUAAAUGAAGCUGAAGAAGACACAGAUUCUCCAAGGUUUACAGAGAAACUUCUGUCUGAUAGAUUCAUUAAAAUUAAUUUAAAAAUGUCCAUGUGGACCAGGAGACUGGGAGCUGCUUCACAGGUAAAAUCCUUCUGAACUUUAACCACAGAAACAGUUUUAUGUAUAAAGCAAUUUAUUUAAAAAAAAUUAUAAUUUACUUUAAAAAAAUCUAAAUAUAAACAAAUGUUAUUAAUUCAAUGUAAAAACAUUAAAUUAAAUCAUUUUUUGGCAGUGCUCCAUAAUGACAGUGGCUAUCUUUAGAACUUGCUCUGCGGCCGACUGACAGCGUCCCCCCGGGCCACCGGGGGCCCGCGGGCCCCGUGUUGGUGACCCCUGCUCUAGAAACAGAUUAAAACUGGGAUAAUCUCUUUCAUGUGUUGGGAAAAAGUUAAAACUGUUUAAUUUUCUUUCUAAACACUUAGUUUAAAGUUCUUAAUGUAAAAUCAAGUUGAUAAAAAAAUUAACUUUUAUGCGUAAGUAUAAAUAACUACGGUUAUUGAUAUGUUGCUAAUGUAAUAUUAUAAAAGAUGUUUGUUCUGUUGCAGUUGGUAACGCCAUGUUACCAGGAUGUUUUCUUUAUUUUAAACUGACCUGAAGCCAUCUGUCAUUCUGACAUCUGACCACCUGGAGCAGAUGUGGAGAAGUUUUUAACUUUAUCCACAGAAAACAUCAGAGUUAACAGAAUCGAUCAAUAAAUCGCCGACUGGGUUCUGAUGGCCUUAUGCAGGAUGUGGAGAUUUCUUUGUGACGUGAAAUAAAAUGAGUUGAUCUCA